CCGUUAUUCUUCUGCGGCGUCUCUCUCUCUUCCUUAUCAUCAUCAUCUUCACUCUAAACUUCACAGAGAGCCAUUCAAGCAGAAGAAGAGCUCUUUGAUCCUUCUCUGCCAUUUCCGUUACUCUCCUUUCUUCUGUUUCAGAGUUUUCUAUUCUUCUCAAUCCUAUCUCGCUUCGAAGUGGAUCAAUAUGUCAAUGACGGAAGAAACCAAGACGACGAAGCUCGAAUCGGCGGGAGAUUCGUCCGAUGUAGACAACGGGAACUGUAGUAGCAGUGGAAGUGGAGGUGAUACGAAGAAGACAUGCGUUGAUUGCGGAACAAGCAGGACUCCUCUUUGGCGUGGUGGACCUGCUGGCCCUAAAUCAUUGUGCAAUGCGUGUGGUAUCAAGAGCAGAAAGAAGAGACAAGCAGCUCUUGGAAUUAGACAAGAUGAUAUUAAAAUCAAGAGCAAAAGUAAUAACAAUCUUGGUCUUGAGAGCCGAAAUGUCAAGACCGGAAAAGGCGAACCAGUUAAUGUUAAGAUUGCCAAAUGUGAACCGGGAAUUGUCAAGAUUGCCAAAGGUGAACCAGGAAAUGUCAAGAACAAAAUCAAGAGAGAUCCUGAGAAUUCCAGUAGCAGCAAUAAUAACAAGAAGAACGUGAAAAGGGUUGGUAGAUUUUUGGAUUUUGGGUUUAAGGUACCGGCGAUGAAGAGAUCGGCUGUGGAGAAGAAGAGGCUAUGGAGGAAACUUGGGGAAGAGGAACGAGCCGCAGUACUUCUCAUGGCUCUUUCUUGUGGUUGAGAUUUUGUCUCUUAACCCUUUUUUUUUGAUGUGUCGUAAUGGUUGAGUGAAAGAGAUUAGGGAAAAUAAGUUAGUGAGGAAAUGAUGAAGAGAGGAUUAUUAAUCCUACUUAUCAUAUAUAUUAGUUAAUGUAAUUUUAGAGGCAAGCUAAUGUUAUAUGCCAUCUACUAAUUAAUUAUCGUAUGAACUCUGGUUUAGUUGAUUAAUGAUCAUUUCUUUGAAGUUGAAUGAUUUGUAAUAUGUCUCUAUUCUUAAUUGUUCGCUUAAAGGUGGCUUAAAAUGAUCUUUUAUUAGUUCCAAAAUUGUGAAUUUUAAGGAUCUUUUUGUCACUACUACUCGC